ACAGUACCGGUGCUCAAUAUCGUGGACCCGGACUUGAUCAAGGACAUUUGGGUGAAAGACUUUUCCCAGUUUCCCGACCGAUCGAAGGUAUGGAUAUCCAGCAAUCACGUCACCUCCCGUUCCCUAAACCACGUGUCCGGCGAGGACUGGAAACGGGUGCGCUCUAUAGUGUCGCCCGUUUUCACGUCCGGCAAAAUGCGUCAAAUGUCACCGAAAAUCGGCGCGUGUUUGACGGACCUCUGCGCCCAUAUUGACACCAUAGCGGCCACGGGUCAGCCCCUGGACGCCUGGGACGUGUGCGGGCGGUUCGUGUUGGACAUCAUCGCCCGUAACGUGUUUGGCGCCAAAAUCGACGCCUACCUGUCCACUGACAACCCGUUUGUGGUGUUCGCUAACGAAAAGUUUAACCUAACGCUUAAAAAGGAAAUGAGCAGGCUACUAUUGCCUAAAUUCAUGCAAAAAUGGCUGAAUGUGUCGAAUAAGGUUUCGGAUCAGUUUUUCUUAGACACCGUCCGACAGAUUAUUGGCGAUAGACGACAGAAACCUAAUGAGAAAAAUGUGGACUUAAUUCAACUGCUUAUGGACGCAGAUAUUGGGGACCGGGAGGGACAGGCAGAUGAAAGAGAUAAUAAUAAUCAUCAACAAAAUAGAGGCGAUGAGGAGGUGGGCGCCGAUCGUAAGGCCUACGACAUAAACGUUGCUAACAAACGGCUAACGGAAGACGAGAUCAUAGCUCAGGGAUAUAUCUUUUUCAUCGGAGGAUACCUCGAAACGGCGUCAGCCCUGGCCUUCUCGGCCUACGAGAUGGCCUGCAAUCCGACGGCUCAACAGCGACUGCUCGACGAGAUCGAGGGCGCGGGCGUCGACGCCCCGGACGGUGACCUACCAUACGACGCGUUGGCACGACUGCCAUAUUUGGCAGCAUUUUUAUCGGAGGUUCAGCGCCGACACUCAAACACCCAACCCAUGGCCAGAGUUGCUGCCAGUGACUACCGGUUAGGCGAUACCGGGAUCACCAUAAAGGCCGGGCAGCAGAUAGAGGUGCCCAACUACGCCUUACAUUAUUCGGACCAGUACUAUGAGCACCCGUACCAGUUUGAUCCUGACCGUUUUAUGCCAGAAAAUAAGCAUAAGAUUAAACCCUACGCAUACCUGCCCUUUGGCGCCGGUCCUCGUAAUUGCAUUGGUAUGAGGUUUGCGUUAUUGAUUGUUAAGCUAGCGUUGGCUCACAUGGUUAAGCGCUACCGAUUCUACCGGUGCCCGCAAACGGACGUUCCCGUACAGUAUAAGCCGUUUAUUCACAUGAUUUCACCGAAACGUGUUGUCGUAGGUAUCGAUAGACGAAUGCCUGGCGACGGUAACCGCUUGUCCAACACAUUCCUGUUUAGUUCCGAAUCGGUCGGUGAGGGACAUCCAGAUAAAAUAUGUGAUCAAUUGAGUGAUGCCAUACUCGAUGCACAUCUGAAACAAGACUCCAACUCACGGGUCGCCGUCGAGACGGCCACCAAAUCGGAUAAGAUUAUAGUGUUCGGAGAGGUCUCAGGCAAUGCUAAAGUAGAUGUUGAGGCUGUCGUUAGAGAAACCAUUAAACAAAUCGGUUAUGACGACCAAAAUAUAGGUUUAGAUUAUCGUACGUGUAAUAUAGACAUAAUAUUGGACAAACACGAUGAUGCAAUAUCAACGUUUUGUGACUUGAAUCGAUCCCUUGAGGAUAUCGGUGCCGGAGAUCAGGGACUGAUGUUUGGUUACGCCACCGAUGAGACCGAAGAAUAUAUGCCAUUAACAGUGGUUUUGUCGCAUAAACUGAAUGAAAAGUUGAGUGAAUUACGCCGUAACGGGACAUUCCCGUGGGCCAGACCUGACACUAAGACUCAGGUGACGUGUGAGUACUACGACGACAAUGGAAGAGUAUCCUAUGCUAUUGGUAUCGCAGAGCCCCUAUCGAUAUCAGUGUUUGAUUUUGGGACAUCCAGUAAAACCCAACAGGAAUUGGUUGAAAUCGUUAAGAAAAAUUUCGACCUCAGACCCGGAUUUAUUAUUAGGGACCUGGAGCUAACUAAGCCUAUAUAUCAAAGUACCAGUUAUUACGGUCAUUUCGGUCGUAAAGGUUUCACUUGGGAAGUACCCAAAAAACUAGUUUAUUGAUAAAUUGCUUUUAAACACAUACAUAUUUGAAUGGAAAUAAUGUUCCGAAUAUGAUGUGCAAAUGUUUUGAAAACUUAUGUUAACGAGCAAGUUCUUAUUAUUGAAAUUAUUGAAUAUUUUAUAAUAAGAUGAAGGAUGC